AUGAACCAAGAAAUGAGUGGCGUCAUAGUUGAGGAUCAGAAGCAGCAGCAAGAAAUGAAAGGAGAUGUCUUAUCUGGAAUAGGAGAACAUCUUGGUAUUCUUCAAGAAUUGUUUGGGAUUCAAUGGUGGAAUUCUUGUUAUCUAUCGAUCCUAUUCACUCUCUUGUUUGUUGUGCUUCCUCUAGUCCUCUACCGUCGUGUAGAAUCAUUAUGGUUUAGUUCAGCAGUAGCGAUUCUCCUAGCAAUUGUAUUUGUCGGUAUAUGUACUGUAAUGGCAGUCAUUGCAAUAGCAGAAGGGCAAAUAGUAAGGCCAAGAAUGCUACCGGAGUUGAAUAGUACUAGUUCCUUCUUUAAUCUUUUCACCGCCAUCCCAGUCAUUGUAACAGCUUUUGCAUUUCACUUCAACGUUCAUCCUAUUGGAAUUGAGCUAGGGAAACCUGGAGCUAUGACCACUGCUGUCAAAAUUUCACUAGUAAUUUGUGCAGCCAUAUAUUUUUCGAUUGGCAUUUUUGGAUACCUUUUGUUUGGAGAUUCAAUAAAUGCAGAUAUACUUGUAAAUUUUGGUAAGUCCUCUGGCAAUGUUGCAAUCAGUCCUACUCUAAAUGAUGUGGUUCGCUUGAGCUAUGCGCUUCACCUAAUGCUAGUGUUUCCUCUCUUAAACUUCUCUCUGAGGGCCAAUAUCGACGAACUCAUAUUCCCUAAGAAAGAGCAUUUGGCAACUGACACGAAACGAUUCAUGUACCUUACAUUGAUCUUGUUAGCCUUGUCAUAUUUAGUAGCCAUUGCUAAUGUCGUCAUUGCAUAA